UGGCGCGAGCGGAUGACAGCGGCAUUUAUUGGCGGAGUGUCUCACGAUUAUAUUUAUUUUUUUUUUUUCUUACUAACGAUUUUUUUCAUUCUUCCCCGAACUAAAGACGUUGUCUAUAAAGUUUAUGUCACACUUUUUGUUCACAUUGCGCACCAAUGUGAGAUAAGUGGAUGAAAAUAAAAGUAUAACUAAUCGAUGAAAAACCGUGUGCGAAUGUGCAUUAUCAAGCAUCAUCACACAGAGUGCAGUCAGUAGCAUUAACAACGUGUGCGACGGCAUUGAAUUUUCUCAGAAAAUAAUAAAAAAUAUAAAACAAAUAAAAUUAUACACGAAUAAUAAAUAAAUCGAGUUCGUUGCUCAGCUCUUUUGUUUGAAUCAAUGUUCGAGUGUUUGAUUAGAUUUUGUUUGUUUUUGUGAUUUGAAGUUAUGUUUUUUUUUUAACAAAUAUACAAAAAUGAGAUAAUAUUUGUUUGACAAGUGAAGAAAUAAUAAACGUGCUCUGGCAUAAUUUAGUUCCAAAGCGUUUUUUGAGUUUAGAACAAAAAUGUUGUGAUUUUUAUUAAAAGUAUAGAUUUUAUUUGUCUCAAUAAAAUAUGGCGUUAGCUAAUUUUUCAUUACCUUUUGGUAAUGGUCUUGCAGCGCAUAAUUGGGCGGCAACAUUAAGUCCAAUUCAACAAGUUCAACGUAAUUCAAAUACCAACGAUUUAUUAUAUGGCCCGGCUGGCCAUCAGCAGCAAGAUGAAUUACCUACAGAUUAUUACAAAAAUAAUCCAUAUUUAGCACCACAUGCACAAGAACAGUAUCAGUAUAAUAAUAAUAAUAACAAUAAUCGACGUAAAGGUGGUCAAACUUAUUUGCCACCUAUUCCACCAACAAGUCCAGGAGUUCCUACUCGCCAGCAGAGCUAUGAUCAGCGACAGAAACCACAACAAUUUAGCCAUCAAAAUCAACAAGGAAAUUAUCAACAUUCAAUAGGAUCUCAACAGCCACAACAACCUUCAACAAGGACCUAUGGAGAGAAUAAUUACUCUCGAUUUCCACCAACACAGCCUCAACAAGUGUCACAAGCAGGAGCUGCUGUUCAAGUCACACGUUCACAACAACAACAAUAUUACACAAGUUCAUACAAUACUCAAACUCAUACUGCAUUUGCGGCUGGAACUGCUGAUGCUAGUCAGCGGGAAGUUGAAGGAGGUGGAUAUGGAGUAGCUAAUCAACCAAAUAAUAAUGAUCAAGAUGAAGAGGUUGAGACGGCUAGACCUCCAGUUAAUACACCUGCCCCAAUUAUCCCUGCUUCUGGUUCUGGUGGCGGUGGUGGUAAUCCGAAUGAUCCUUAUCCGGAACGUCCACCGGGAUUUACUAGAGUUCAGGCGGGACAGGGAUCUAGAACGCAAGUGCAUGCUGUAUUGGAUUAUGAUGUUGAAGAAGGCGAAGAAGAUGACUAUUACGAUGCGGAGGAUAAUGGAUCACCAGUUAGUAAAAAUGGAGAUAAAAAAGGAAUGCCAACAGUUACACCAAUACAAGGACCAAUAUUUUUAAAAAACGGUUCAGUACCGGUAGUGCCAUUAUUUUCUUAUCCUACUGUUAAUAAUGGAAGUUUCGUUCAAAUUCCGAUUUGGUGGACAGCGCUUUCAGUUGCUCUAGGUCUAGAUGUUAGAGGUGAUGUUAUCAAAGGAGUGCCAUGUAUUAAACGAUAUCAUCAAUUAUUCUGUCCAACAGCAGGAAAUAGCUACCCAAUUGACAAAAUUGAGCGAUUUAUUGACGAUAAUAAAGCACUAAUGCGACGGAUGUAUGGAGAUUUUGAAAUGAAUAUGGAUUCGGGUGGACCUAAACAACAAACAAAACGAAAGCGACGUUUUAUUGAUGAACCGGAUAUAUUCAUACCGCCUGGAGCAUUUCCUGCUGUACCGGAAGAUAUUGACAGUGAUCAUGAACCUGAUCGAGGUGAUACGUAUUUUGGAAAGUUGAGGAAUAAACGUCAGUCUAAUAAUCGAAGUCCUAAGCCACCAUUUAAUAAUAAUAAUGCUGGACAGGGAGGUUCUUCAACUGGAAGAUUGGAUGCUUGUGAAUCAAAGAUAGAAAUCGUUACACCAUACUGGGCCUCAAACUCAGCGGGAAAAAUUCGUGCGAUUGUCAAUACGCAACAUUUCGAACAAGCGAUACAUCAAGAAAUUUGCUCAAAAGCCCGAACACCAAGAUGUGAAAAAGACUGUGGCUGUGAGCAGAAAUACAAAUGGCAUCGUUUAUUAGCCUACGAUCCUGAUAAUGAUUGUAAAGGUAUUUUCAUGGAUUGGUUUUUGUUCCCAUCAUGUUGUGUAUGCAGAUGUAAUCCUUAACAGUAUCGAUGUCAUUUUAAACAUUUAAAAUAAAAAUAAUUUAGUUUCUUAGGUUAGGUAAUUGUUUACUAACUAACAAAGAGAACAAAAAACUAGAACACAUUUAUAAUCAUUUAUUAACAAUAAAUAUUAAGAAAAUAGUUACAUGUUAAAACUACAAGUUUUUGUAUUAAGUAUAUAGAUAUGAAAAUUAUUAAAAGAAAAAAUUAAUAAAAGAUGUAUUGCAAUUUAAAAUAAUAUAAGUUAAC